GAUUUGAUCAAUCUUUGCCUGAACAAAAGAAGCUCAACGUAGAAGACAUGCUUGCAAGCACAGUUUUUAAAACUGAAUCUAUGAUUCUAAAAAUCCAAAGAAGAAGAUAUUAUGAAGUAUGCUUCAAUGAUUUCAACUGUGAAGGCACCACAACUUUGCUAGAUAACAACUGCAAGAGAGAGAUUAUGGAGAAAAGCAAUUUAAAUCUUGUUGCAGAAAUGAAUGAGCUAAAUACUGCUGGUUUAGCGACCACCGAGUACUUAGAAAACAGUUUAAAAGAUACGAGAUUCCAAAAGUAUUUCAAUGUUGUUGAUACAAGUUGCGACCAGCAAGAUGAGUAUUACUCAGAACAGUUUAUGAAGUUCCUGACGCUUUAUUCUGAACUCUCAGAAUUAAAGGUUUCAGAAGGAGGUUGAAACGAAGAUUUCUAUUUAAACCUCUCUAAAGAGCUUGAGAAAACCCACAAAGAAAUUAUGGAAGUGCAUGGUCUGGACAUUACUCAAUCAUUUUCGCCUUUCCUAGUCCAGAAGAUAUUUGAAGAAACCCCCAAAGUGCAGGAGGGAGCUUUGAAGUUGUUCUAUUCCUCUAUUCUAGAACAAAAAUUUAAAGAUAUCGACCCAAAUACUUAUGAGUUUUACUCGAGAGAGCAAAUCUUGAAUAAAACAAUGAACUAUUUAACCAAAUUUGCUGAAGCAGAAGAAUCUAGUAAACAGAUUAAGGAGCUAGUAGUGAGACUUAUCAUUAUGAUUGGUAACAUCAGGCAAUCUGGAGAGGACUACCUUGUUGCUUUCAAUAUCAUAAUGACUCACUCUCUCAAAAUGAACCUAUACCCUGAACUCUCUAUGAACCCAUACCUCCAAUCAAUUCAGGAAAAAGUGGAUAGCAACGAAAAGAAGAGCUUAUUCACACUAAAUGACAAAAAAUGAGAAGAGGUUGAAAUAUACGCAGGGGCUGAUGGCAAUAUAGAUUCAAAGAAGCAUACUAGACUUUCGUUUGGCCAAAAAUUUAUGUAUCUGUAUCAAGAUGGAAUAUAUAAAAUAGGAUAUCAGAAAUCUCCUAACUCACUACCAGGAAUUGUUUACGAGCACACUCAUGAUGACCACCCCUCAAAAGCUAGUCUAGUCCUUUUAAAUGACAAAUUAUUUUUCAGAAGGGAAACUAAGACAGAUGAUAAUCCCUUUGAGGUCAGAGACCAAUGUAAUUUAUUGACAACUAAGUCAGAAGAAUACAUCUCAAAAAUUGAUGAAAAUAAGAGGAAACCUGAAGAUAACUGGAACAAGCCUAUCCUUGAAUAUACUGAGCAAUCUGCUCUUGAAGAGUGUUUCUUAAACAAUGACUUAGACUCAUUUAGAUCAGUAAAGUGCUCACCAAUCUUCACUGAUGGCGAUAAGCUCUAUCUGAUAGUAUCAUACAUAUUAAGAGAUAGAACUACAAUCUCUCAUUAUGAAGUUGAGAUUUAUGACUCAGAAACUCUGGAUUUCAUUUCCAAAGUGAAGCUUGAUUUCCAACCAGAAGAAGACCGAAAUCUGUCUCCUUCUCAAAAAUUCAAAAUUCUCCAGGAUUCUGAGGCAAUCUGGAACAACCUCAUUGACGAAAAGAUAGGAGAUUGCUUAUUUUGCACAAAUGGUGAAACACUUGUCAUCUCAGUUAACAGCGAGAUGUACUUCUUCUCUCUCAAAUCUGGUUCCAGAUAUUCAGAAGUGUUAUCCCUUCCCUACAAGAAAUGUAUCGGCUAUGACCCUGAAACAAACACAUUCUGGUUCUGGACAGACCCCUACUCUCAAAGCCAAAAUGAGAAUCUCCUAACUUCUUUGAAAAUAGAUGGAUUCAGAGGCAAAUACGAGCUCAACUCACAAAACUACGAACAUCUUGGAAAAUUUAUGACCAAGAAGACUGAAGAAGUGCUAGCUCAUCAAAAAGUCGAAAACAAGGUUGAGGCAGCCAAUAUGGUCGAUUUCUUGAAGACCUUAGAAGAUAGGCAUUUUGUGAAACCAAUAAGCUUUGAUUACCCAGAGAACAACUCCGAGAAUUUCUCCCUUUACUUAAUAAUGUACAUUAUCAGCAAAGGAUGUGAUGAAACGGACAAAAUUCUAAAGAACCUAAACUCCUUAGACUUAAAAUCAGAAGAUCAAAAGCUGAAAUACCAAUCUGAGCUUUACAGGAGUAAAUAUUGCUGAAACAUAACGAGUACUUUUGCAGAAGAAUUAGUAAAAUCCCUUCAAGCUUUUGUAAAGUUUUGUGACAAUGAGAUGAAUGAUGACAAUAUCCUCCAACAAUAUGAAUUCCUUUGAGUUCUCCAAAUAGUUAACAAAUUUAUUAUCUCUCUUGAAACACUGAAAAUAAAACCUAAAGAUUUGAUCAGAAACCCUGCAGUAAAGGAUGCACUCGCUAAAAUUGUUUCCCAAAUUGUCCACAAAUUAGCUGAGAAAGGGUUUGAAAGAGUCACUAUCAAUUCAACAGAGAAUUUCUCUGAAAUCAGCUCAAUUUGGAACUCUAUUAUCACUGAGAGCAAAGAGAUCUCUACUAGAAUGAUAAACCUUUUGUCUAUACCUGAACACCAGAUGUCUGAAAACCUUACAAAAACAACUGAAGGCAUUACUUCCAAUAUGCUUGACCAAUUUGGAAUAAUGUUCAUUAAAUUUCUAAGUCACUCAGGAAAUCUUGAAAAUUAUUUGAAUCAGCCAGAACUUGGACUGCUAUUCGAAGCGGCAUGAGAAUUGAUCUCCCAAAAAUACAAGUCAGAAGUCCUUGCUUUACCAACUCAGACUGUCUACAAAGGAAUUGAAUUGACAGAAGCAGAGAAAGUUUGCUCUGAAUUCAUAAGAUCAUAUUUAAAACAAAGCCUUUUAUAUCUUUUCAAGCCUUACAGUACCAAAUCUCCAAAAUCCACUGAGAAAACAGAAGAAGAGAUAUACCAACAAAUCGAAGAAAAUAUGCAAAUUUUCUCCAAAAUUUAUAAAUAAAAUCCUUCACAGUUGCCAAACAAUAUUCCAAACAGCGAACCAAACCACUCAGAAAUUUAAAGAGCAAGAAUCAGAUGAGAACUCAAAAGAAGGAGAAGUAAAUCAGAGCUACAUCAAAUACUACACAGACCUUUAUGAAAUCUGUUAUUCCUCAAAUGACUUUUGCAAACUUGUCCACGCAUGCUUUGCAAUUGUCGUCUCAGAGAAAGAACAUGAGAUGAAAGAGUAUUAUCAACCAUUCUACAUGGGAACUGCUGAACUGUUAGCAGAUCUAGUCGAAUUCACUGACAAUGAUCCUAACACAAAGGAAGCCAACAACUCUCAUAAAAAUUCAAUGAAAACUUUACUAGAGCUUCCAGAGGGCUUAAUCCAGUUCCUAUUCUGGGGUCUUUCCAAAAUAUCUCAUGGACUUAUCAAACUAGACUCUUUAAUACAGACAGAUAAAGAUCAGAGUUUGUUAAGAGCCAAUAUUUUCUCGGCUGGUAUUCAGAAUAGAUUUAUUAGCACUUUCAGCGACUCAACCCUUAAAUGUGUCAACACAUUCUGAAAAAUAACAGGUGAUGAAAGCUUGGCAAAGAAUAUUUCCCAAUCCGAGCUUGAAGAUGAAGUUGAAGAGGAGAAUAAAAUUAUGCAUGCACUAAUAUACGAAGGCGAAGACGCCUUGGUAGACAAAUUUAUCGAACUCUUGCAAUGGGAUCUUCUCCAAAAAUCCCCAUCGGCAAAAGCAGGAGGGGACAAAGGAAUGCUACUCGCCAGAUGUGCUUUUGCUGCUAACCUAUCCCUAAACAGACACGACCAAGAAUGAAACAUAGAAAAUCUGACUAUGCUAUUCGACCAAAUUGACAUAUUCAUGUCAGAUUGUGAUCAAAACAUGCCUGGAGACCUGAAAAAUAAAGAAUGUAUUGAAGAAAUCAAAAGCCUAGGAAAUGUCCAAGGAAUAUUCGAUAGAUGGAAAUCUGCUAGCAAAAUGAGAAUCUGGCUCCAAGAGAAGCGGACAGAUAUAGCAAAUAGCGUUAAGAAGGAACUUGAAAGAAAGGCUAAAAUGCAACAGAACCAGGAAAAUUCUAAAGAAGAAGAGAAGUUAGAUUUGAAUGGAGAAACUUCUUUGGGGGUAAUCCAACCGGCAUCUGAAGAAGAAGCCUUGAGAAUGGAACAACAGAGAAUUGAAACAAUUAUACAGGAAGUAUGUCAAAAAGCUGAGCUUUUGAUCAAGCUCGACACUCCACAAAUAUGGAAACUGAGAGAUUCUUCAGAGAAACGACUCAGGCAGAUUGAUGAGGAUACAGGUAUAAGUGAAGAAGCUAAUAGUGUUCUACUUCGUCUUCAAACAAUUAGAGGGAUUAAAGCCUCAUCUGGAACUAUAACGAGCUAUGAAGAUAUAUCAAAUAAAGAGAUCUUUAACUCAUGAGCCUCCUCUGUACUUGCCACUCUUCAAUGUAAAGUGUCUGCAGAAAGCAUCAUCAAAGAUAUUGAAGAGAAGUACAUAAAGGGAAUGAAGAGGCUAUGAGGACUAAAGAUAAUGGCAAAAAUAACAUCUUUCAAGAUGCCCGAUAUAAUAAAAAAAUCAACUUUUAUGUGGUUUUGAAGUUCUCUCAGAAAGAACAAGGGUAUUCUGGCUCACUAUUCAGACGAUAUACUGGGAUGAGGAAAUUAUCUGCUUAAUGAUUGUAGAAAAUCGUUCUAUCAGAUUUAUAACAGCAUUGUGAGGCAUCUAAAAGCUGCAACAGAAGAGAGAACAAUUCAAUUCCUCCUCAACUGUACAAAAUGGAAAAUAGGAGCAUCAGAUCAUGAGCACAUCCUUAGGAGUGGUAUAAUACAAGUUCUUAAAGAUGGAAACGGAGAUAAAGACAAAAAAAAGAACCCUAUAAAAUUCUGUUGGGGAAAACCAAUCAACUAUCUCGCAAAUCCUGGAUUUGAGACUCUUUCUCACACAGUAGUAGACACCCUUGAAUAUAUAAUAACUUUCUGCUUUGCAAGAAUUCUCGAAGAAGGUCAGGACAAGAGUAUGCAGCUUUCAACAACAAAAGCUUCAAUAGGAAAGAUCCAGGAAACUCAAUCAGUAAUCACAACUGGGGUUACUGAAGCAUUCAUUCUUCAAAUUUUUGAAAUAGUUCUGCAGCAAACUCUGAUAUACACAGAGAAAAUUUCGCAAGCCAAAAUAGAAUCAAUAGUUGAUUCAGACAAGCCAUCAAUAAACAGAAGGAAAACUGAAAGGGCAGGGCCUUUCAAAAACAAAAGGCUUGAAUCCUCAAACCGAGUUUGUUCAAGAUCUCUUAGUUCUGAAUAUACUUACGAGAGUGAAGAAGAAGAAUCAGACUACGAAGAACGUAAAGGCUUAGCUGACUGAAAUGAUCAUGAUGGUAGACUAGAUGAUCUGUCCAUUGGAGAACAACAAAUGCAAAACCAAGCAACCCCUCCUGCUCAUGAAGAUAAUAAAUCCCAAGAAAAAAUAGCUGAAAAUAAAUAUGACGAAGUUGUAAUCCUAAAGCUAUUGAGACUCCUUGAACUAUUUACUUCUAUUGCAACAAUAAAUGAACCUAUAAAGAAAAUAGUAAUGAAGAACACAAACACUACCCAAAUCCUUGUAUUUACGAAGCUAAUAUUUUGCUCGAACCCAAGAAAUGCAGUGAUUGCAGUUAAAUUUAUCCUGAACCUAAUAAACAUCGGUACAAAACCUCACAUUUUUGACCAGUGCUUUAAAGACAUAGGAAGCCUAAAAUUCGGCAAAAACAUAAUUGAACUACAAACAAAAGCUGAUUUCAAAGAGUCUUGCUUCCUGAAAUGCAUGUAUAAUUUACUGGUCUCCCAAAGAUCAGGCCAAUUUUCAGAAUCAAAGGUACAAAACAAGGAGAAAUACUCUAUCAGUUGUGCAAUUGUCAGAUUGUUUAAAGGCAUUCUUAGGCUUCGAGAGGACACAACCUGGAAAGAUAUCAUAGAAAAAGUGCUUGAUUCGUUUAUCACUGACAUAGACUUAUAUCCUUUAGAAGAAUUUGAUGCUAUCUCAAGCUUAUUUGAAGGCGGAGAAUACAAAGGAAUGAAUAUUGGCACAUGAGGUAUCACUCAAGAUGGAAAUAAAUUCACAAUUCUUGGAUUUGCUGAUAAAUGGUAUGAUCUCUCAGGAGCCAUAAAGUACGACAAGCCCAAAAGGCUCAAACUUCACCCAGUUAAUUUCGAAAUCUCUCAUGGUCAAAGAAAUUUGCUAGGAGUAAUGUAUGAUGAAAACAACCCUGAAAGAAAUGAUGUGUUCCUCAUCAGCCCUGAAAAGGCUAUCUUAAGAUCCAGUAUUGAUCAGAAAGCGAACGAGUAUUUGCUUAAUAAGACCAAUUUAUCCAACUUAAUAAACUCCUUAGAAAUUGGCCAAGAAGUUGACAAUUCUCGUCCUGAAUCCCUAAGAAAAAGCAGUCUAGGAAUAAAAAUUAUCCUUGAACACAUUCAAAUAUUUGGAAAAAGAUUUACAAGUGUGCUAAACAGCCUAAUUUCUUCAAAGUUUAUGAUGACUCUUAUUCAUGAAUCAAUAAAGACACCAACGUCAGACACCUCCUUCUUGCCAGAAUGGUUCGAGCAAAGAUUAUAUUACUUGAAGAAAAGGGCUACUGAAAAUGAUUGAUGUCUUCAUGAUCAAAGCGAGAUUGAAUCUACCCAAAUAAAAGAAUCCAAAGAGGAAUCAAAGAAAGAGCCAAAAGAGGAGACUAAGGAACCUUUUGAAAUUACCAAACCAGAAGUUAGUGGAAAGUUAAGUGGAACAAUCGUAUCUACUGGGACUAUAGGAAGAAUAUCCCACCCAAGUACUCAAAUCAAUGCAGGAACAAUUGUACGAAUAUCUAAAGGAGGAGCAAAAUUUGCCAAUGAUGAAACCCUAAACCCUUUUAAAGACAAAAGUAGAAAAUCAACUAUGAAAUCUCAAAAUAUUCCUGAAGCAGACAAAAAUUCGGACAUAAACAUUUAUUUCGGUGAAACGGUGAAAAUUUCAAAGACUCUUCCAAAAGACGGUGCCUAUACCUGCUACCAAAAGCUGAGGACUCCUUUCGACAAAGAAUAUAAGCCUAAAAAUAGUCAACUUAAACUUAUAAGCUAUGAAAAAUUCCUAAAAAUUAAAGAUACUGAGCACACAAUAGUUCUCUUAGAGCCUGAGGAGAUACAAGUAAGCAUACAGGAAGCUCUUGAUUCAAUAUUCGAACAAACUGAUGGAGUAAUUGUACCACAUACCCAUUAUUCUGAAGUAUGUGAAGCAGUUAUUAGCCUCAACAUUACCGAUCUUGGAGGUUCAACUAACUUCGGUCAGAAUAAUAAAUGAAAUGACAGCAUAAUCUUUGUGAAACAAGAAGAUCUGAACAAAAUCAAAAAGACAUUCUCUAAAAUAAGAAAAAGAUUUAUACUAUCUCCUACAGAAAGUGCCAACGAAGCCAUACUCAUCGAAACAAACCAAAUCACAUCAAAAUCCCUAGAUAAAAUUCAUGAUAUCUUUGGAGGGAAAAAGCCUGAAAAGUUUACUCCAGGAAGUUUCGUGAAGAAGAUUGAUUUCAAAUAAAAUCCAUAUAGUCAAAACUCCCAAAGAUCUUCCCCAAAUCAAUGAUGAAAGCGACAUAAUAAAAGAUCUCUUCAAUGAAAUCCAAGCUAAUCUCAACCUAGAAGACGAUCUCUCCCAUCUGAAUCGAUUGUCUAAACAAGAUUCUAGAACUUCUCACUCCAGCAACCUGGCGCGAACAAAACAUUUUAAAGAUCAAGAGAAAUCCAACUUCUUUGAAAAGGUUUACCAAGUUCAAAAUAGAGACAUCAAAAGUGAAUAUUACAAAGCUCUGAGUGGGUACUAUCAUUAUACAUGCAAUAAAGUCUUAUCAGCUUUGUUUGAGCAACUCAUGCUGGGAAAGAUUAUUCAAGCCACUUGUCAUGAGCAACAAAAUGAGAAUAUGCUGCUCAAGUACCUUAUAUUAACAGCAAAUGAGACCUUCAAUUCAAAGAUAACCACUGGCAACGACCUGCCUUAUAGAAAUUUACUUGAAAUAUUCCAGAGAAUCCUCUCAUUUUGAGCUGAGAAAGAAAAAUUGAAGCCAAUUUUACAUGAAAUAUUGAAUAAAGUGAUAAUACAAGAAACUCUAAAAUCUCUUAAAAAAUGUCAAGAUCAUCAAUACCAAAAAGUCUCAGAGCUUUUUGAACAGGAAGAAGUGGCAAGAACCUCUUUCAAUUUCCAUAUCCUCUUGGAUCUGAUAAAAUGAAUGAUCAAAUAUUGUCCAGAUGUUAUCCUCAACAGUAAAUGCUAUAGCCAUCUGAUAAAUACACUUCUGUUGAUAUCUUUUAACUUCAGAUCUGACACUCAAAUUAGGAUAGAAGUCUAUACUGCCAUCUAUUGUUUAGUCUACUCUAAGAUCAGAGCCAAGGAGAACUUGAACAAGAUCGAUAUGAAGCAACUAACUCCCCAAAAAGAUGUUAAAACUAAAGGACUAUUUUCAAUAGAGCAUAAAGAUGUGACGAAAGACCUCCUCCAGAAUAGCUUGCUCAAUGAAAUCUUUGAACACUUGCCAACUGAAAUAUUGAGAGGAAGUAACCUGAGUGACGAACAGAAAAUUAUAUACCAAAUCUUUCUAAUGAUCAGAAGUAUUGACUUAAAUAACACACAAGUUCAUUCGUUCUAUAAUUACAACGACAUCCUAUUUGACUUAGAACGGGCAAUGUUGAUUUUGCAAAGAAGGACAAAUUUUGAUGUUGUCUCAUACCUUUCUUGGCCAGACAAACUUGAAAGAGAUAUAGAUGAGCCUCAAAAUAUGAUAAAAACUGUUCAAAAUAGGUAUGAUCACAAGUUUUGUUCAAAACAUACCUUUCCUAAAGCAACCAAAAUCGAACUAGAUGUUGACCCUGAUAGUAUUUUUGUUAACAAUUCCUACAUCCUAUUCUCAAAGGAUAGGGAAGGAAAGAUUCCUUACAAGUUAUUAGAAACCCCAGAUUGCACUUAUAUGCCUUUUGAAAUUAUUGGGGAUUCCUUUUACCUCCACUAUCCGAUACUCAAGACUAGAAUUGAAUGCUUUGGAGAUCAAAGUGAAGGAAAAUUAGGGACUAAACAGUCAAAUUGUUUCUCAACAAAUCUUACUCAGAUGGCGAACUGAGAGCAAGAAAUGCAAAUCAUUAAGCAAUGCUCAAAUUACAUUAUCGCAUUAUCAAAAGAUAAUAUACUUUACAGGUGUGGACAGAAGUCAGACUGGCCUUCAAAAUAUUAUGAGAUCGAAAAAUUUGAGAACCAUGAAAUCAGUGGGCAAAUAGUUGAUCUUAAAGUUGGAGUCAAAAAUUAUGGAAUUCUCACUUCAAAAGGAAAGUUCUACUUCCAAGGAGACUCAUAUAACAAUCAGUUAGAGGAGAAAUGAAGCAAUUGGAAAAAUUUGAGAUAUCUGUUCAGGCCAAACCAGAGAGAGGAAAAAGUCCUUCAUUUCGAUAUUGGCUAUGAGUAUAUUAUUUAUACAACUGAUAAUGGGAAAUGAUAUGUCUCAGGAAGUAGCUUUUUAGGAGAGCAAGAAGAAAAUGUUGUAUUAGAAAGUAAGGAUGAGGAUGGAGUCCAUCCAUUCUAUCAAUUAUUAUUCCCAGGGAAAAUCAUUCCAAUAAAGCCCUUCCCAACCAAAGGAUCAACAAUUAACACUUGUAUAAUGCUGGUCAAAAAUAGGAAGAGAAAUGAAUUAUGGUCACUCUGAACUGAAGAUCCAGUUUCAGCAGUUGCUGGCCGAGGAACUCAGACUAAAGAUGAGCCUGGAUUCUUCCCCUUACAAUACGAUCGAGAUAUAAAUUUUGUAGAUGUAAGCGUAUAUUCAGAUUGGGCUCUUGCAAUUACAGAUAAAGGGAAACUAUACGGAUGGGGAUCAAACUUUCACAAACAACUAAGCAACUCAGAAGAAACAGAAUUUUAUCACCCAUUUGAACUAGAGUUUUUCAAAGAUUAUGUCAUUAGGGAUUUUAAAUGUGGUGCAAAUACCGGUCUCAUCAAUGCUUCCCAUAAAAAAGACCUGGAAAACACAAAGUUCUUUAUGAUUGGAGAUCUCAAAGGGCUAGGCAAUGUUGAGAAAAAUGAGCAUGGAGUCUACCACCAUAAGCCUUAUGACAACCUCGAUUACAACUGAAUCGAAGCUGGAAAUGAUACUAACUUCAUAUCAAUCAAGUGGGAAGACUCAUUCCAAAAUGAUUCAAUCAAGUGCGAUGUCAGUGUUCAUACAGAAUAUGAAUGUUUCGUCACAAAGCAAAAGCCCAUUAUUGGAACUAUGCACUUUUGGAAGCAGAAUAAUCAAUGGAUCUAUUUAUCAGAACAAGGUUACAAAACUGCAGAAGAAACAAAAAUAAUUGAAAUUCCAAAUAUCUGCUAUGUAACAAAGACCUACAUCAGGGAUAUUCCAAGCAAGAAAUGGGCAGAUUUGGAAGAACAAAAAAUCUUAGAAAGCCACACUCCUGAAGAUUUUGCACCAGUUUAUCUCUCUAAUUGCUUCUUGUCUCCUGAACUAGCCAGAGAUUAUGAAAAAGUUGUACAUAUGGAAAAUGAGCAGAAGAGGAAAGAAAUUCUCGAUAUAAACUAUAAAACUAUUUUUAGCAAUGAGAAUAGUAUAAUGAGAGAAGAACCACACGACAUUAAUCCACUAAUAUUUUACAGACUAUCCAAACCAUUAAAAGAAGGAGUAGAAAUGCCUAGAUUACUGCUAUCAGAUUACUUUAAACAAGUUGAUGGCCAUUUUCUCAGAAUAAAUAUUGUCGGAACUUCAUACAAUUAUAAUGAAGACGAUGUUGAAAAUAAGGAGGAAUAUCACCAAUAUGUUAACACUCUGAAAUCGUUCGAUGACAAACAGGAUGCUAUUAUCUUUAGAGAAUUUGACAAAUACAUGAUUGAAACGCAAAUAGACUUCUCUGAAGACAUUGAAAAUUUUAAAGAAAAUCAAAUUCAAGAAUUUUAUGACAAGCUUAAAGAGAGUAAUACAGAAUUUGAUCAUAAGAAUGCUCCGAUAGAAGCGGUUUGAUCGAGAUUAAAGGCUUAUCUUUUCAUAAACAUAAGUUUCCAGGAGCUCAUCCCUUUUAUUAUCCAAAACAAGACAUUCCUCAAAAAUAUGCUAGGAAGAGGGCAUAGUUCAACAGAAGUAUCAUUGUACCACACUUUUGUUAAUAGCAAGGAUCUGAUCUUCCAGAUUGUCAAGAAAAUGUACCUCAAUAUGAUUUACAAGACUCUUAAAUCUCAGGUUGGACAACCUGAAAUAAAAUAUGACCGGAUAGCAAUGCAAGAAAAGAAAGAGAGAGAAUUGGUUGACCACAAUGCAGAGUGGACAGUCUUUGCAAAGACUAUGAACAUGUGCAAAAAUAAGGACUAUGCUUGCCUCAGAGUUGAUAAAUCUAAUAAAAGUGCCUGGAAAGCUAAAUUCCUAGGAGAAGGAAGUAUUGAUGAAGGAGGGCCUUAUAGAGAGACCAUCUCAAACAUUUGUGAUGAGCUUCACAGCCAAUAUCUCCCAUUACUAAUUCCAACACAGAAUAACAAAAAUGAUCACGGUUUUGGAAGAGACUUAUGGACUUUGAAUCCCUCAGCUACAAGCCCUAUACACUUAGAAAUGUACAAAUUUAUGGGUGCUCUCAUAGGGAUGGCCUUCAGGUCAGGACAAGUGCUUAAUCUGAAAUUACCAUCACUAUUUUGGAAGAAGUUAACGGGGGAAACUCUAACUCUUGAAGACUUGGAGUUUACAGAUGCAUAUGCUGUUCAGUUCAUCAAAGAUGUUGAGAAUAUCAAAUUUGGAACUUGUAAAGAAGAAUUUGAGCAAGCAAUGGAUCUUAACUGGACCACACAGCUUUCAAACGGAGAAACAGUUACUCUCUGCGAAGAUGGAGGAGAUAAACAAGUUAAGUUCGAAGAAGUAGAGGAUUAUCAUAAGAAAGUCAUUGACACAAGGCUUAAUGAAGCUAAUAAGCAAGCAAAAGCUGUUAAACAAGGCUUUGAAUUCAUCUUUCCUACCUUCUGUCUGGGUAUUUUCAGUUGGAAUGAAGUUGAAACCCGUGUUGUUGGUCCAAGAAAAAUUGCUACUGCUUCACUUAAAUCUAUUACCGAUUAUUCAAAUUGCUCUCCUGAUAAUGAAUAUGUAAAAAGAUUCUGGAGAGUAUUUGAUAAAUUUACAGAGAACCAGAAGUCAAUGUUUCUCAAAUUCACUUGGGGAAGAUCAAGACUCCCACCAGCAGAGAGACUUAAUGACCAAAGAUUUAAGUUCCUUCUCAUAGAUUCCAGUAGAUUUGAUAACCAUGAUACUCAUCUCCCUGAAGCUCACACUUGAUUCUUCCAGUUUGACCUACCAAGAUAUACGACUGAUGAGGCUUGUAGAGAUAAAAUUUUGUAUGCAAUUGAAUCUUGCGGAGGAAUAGACACGGACAGAGCUGCUGGAGAGAUUUACUACAACCAUAAUGAAAAUUCUUCAGAGGAUGGUUCAAUUUAUGAUUCAGAAAUAAGAGAACAUGCCCAAAACGAAUUUGAAGAUGACUCCGAAGUCUGGGAUGAUGACUUCGAGGAUUUAUAG